AUGAAUCACGACGACCCUCGCAGACGCGUCUCGGAUGAGACGCGUCGUGCACGAAGGCAGCGGAACGGGCAGCUGGGGGAGUGGCUGCCGCGCCAGCCACAGUGGCAGCACUGGGGUGCACUGCAGUUGAUGAACCCGUGGUCGGACUCGGAGGUGCGCGAGAUGACAGGUGUUGAGUGCGCGCCGAAGGAGGUGGUACGAGAGGUCUCGGAGAUCAUGGGGAACUCUGGCGAGGAACCGGACGUCGAGCUCGAGGAGGUGGAUGGGGUCGAGCAGGCGAAGAGGGUGGCAGAAGAGGCGUACAUGGCGAUGGCUCAGACGGCCCCGUUCCCUCAACCCGGUCCCUCCUCGCCCAAAAGGCGAGGAGGGUGUGUACGGCAGUCCAUCUAA